UUUCUCUCGCGAUCCUUCUUUCUGUGUUGUUCUCUCCCCUGUGAAAGAGAAAACCGGAUUCGAGUGUGGAAAGUGCGCUCGCGUGGAAGAUCGGUCCCGUUCCGAGAUGACAUUCUCACGGGACAAACGAUACGUAAUACGUAGAACUCGUCUUACCUGUCUAUCCUACGCGUGAACGAUUCGAGGAAGGAGCAUUAUCCAGCACACCGCGGACAAUGAUCGAAAAGGUGCCUCCCUCCUUCCCCCGAAAUCGUUGAUCAGUGAGUGACAAGUGAAAAAGUGACCGGGGGGAAGAUCCCUUGAUCGACCAGGCGUGAAACAGUUACUGAAAAAAAAAAAAAAAAAAAAAGUACACCGAUGCGAGCACUUAGGCUAGAGGUGGUGGGGCUAGAAGGUCGAUAUGACAAUUGAGGGAAACACGAGUAAAGAAGAUGGAAUGCUAAAGUGGUAACGUAAGAAUCAAAGACAAUUCGAAUUGGUACUUUAUCUUCCCUCACGGAACUUACUAAAGUCGAAGAGUCGCAAGAAGGCGAUCUGAAUACGUCAGAAAAUUUCAAUCUAGCAAAAGGAAGAUUUCUAGAGAAUUAUUGCCUAGAGAAAUGGAGGAACCAACAACGUCUACGAUACUGUUGGUAGCUAAGAUCGGAGCGAUGAUCGGUCUUGGGUUUGGUUCGCUGAUCCUAGGAACGUUACCGUUGAUCGUGGGUCGUUACAGGUUGAGUCACAGUCCGAAACGACAACGAGGGAUUUCCAGUAAUUCCAGCACCUGCACAUCCACGCCUGUCUCGAACGCGUUCACCGGAAGUGCCGCCGCGACGGCAUCCACGGACUCGCAAGGUCUUUACACAUCCCUGCUCCUCUGUUUCGGCGGCGGGGUCCUGCUGUUCACGACGUUCCUUCACCUAGCCCCGGAAGUCCGUGUCAGCGUGGAACGCCACCAGUUGAGCAAACAGCUACCUGAUCUAGGCACGUUGAGCCUCUCCGAGUUAUUAUUCUGCGGUGGUUUCUUUCUGGUCUACUUCGUCGAGGAGGCUGUUCACGCUGCGUUAACCGAUAGGCCAGAUUCAUCCGAAGCAUUGCUCUACCGUACGGUCUCUGUACGAAGAUGCAACAGCAAUCAACCAGGUGUAUCGUCGGUGACAUCGACAGGCUCGACCACCACGGUGUCCACCACGACCAGAUCCACGUGGAAGGAAGAAAACGACGAUCUCGAGGACAACGAGUCCAGCAAACGAUCCAUCCAUCACCUGGACGACACUCCAGAUGAACCGAAACAUGAGAAAAUUCUGCCCCCUAUAUUCGUUCGGUCAUCGCCAGCCGGUCUAUCCUCACCAGACCGUAAUCCCGUGAACAACACGUCGAUCGUGGACUUGAACAAUUAUCCGAGGAUCAAGCGACACGAGCACAAACACCCGAUAAUCACGAAAAACACGUCGAUCCAAGGUCUAUUGACCGUUCUAGCGUUGUCCUUUCACGCGAUCUUCGAGGGCCUAGCGGUCGGUCUCGAGCCGUCGAUAGCUUCCGUUGUCUAUCUGGCUGCGGCAAUUGCCACCCAUAAAUUGGUUAUAUCGUUUUGCGUCGGUAUGGAACUUUAUGUCGCUGGUGCCUCGACAAAGACCACGUUGGGAUACCUGACGAUAUUCUCGAUGGUGACCCCUAUCGGGAUCGCUGUAGGGCUCGCGCUCGGGCAUUUCAAGAACGACAGCGAGAAUCUGGGCCCGACACCGACGAUACUACAGGGAAUGGCGGCUGGGACCUUGCUGUAUGUCGUUUUCUUCGAGGUGCUGGCACGCGAGAGGGCAAACGAGAAAAGUGGCUUGUUACAGCUGAUGGCGAUUAUCGUCGGGUUCAUGCUGAUGUUAGGACUACAAAUCGCCACUUCGCAUUCGCAUUCCCAUUCCCAUUCCCAUUCCCACGACGACGACCAUGCGCACGUGCCCGGCCACGAGGAUGAUCAUCAUCAUGAGGACGCGCACGAGCACGAUAUGGAUUCGCAAAAGCGUGUGCAUUCGACGAGCACCGAGCAAAUACUCACCAGCACGAUCGGCAAAAUGACGGACAGCGUGGCCGAGGCAGCUAGCAAGUUUUUGUCCACCACGUUGAGGGUCCCAACAGAUGUUCCCACAAGAAACGAAACAACGAUAACGCACACGGAACGUAGGUAAAACUCGCGUAUUCGCGUGAUUCCCUCUCGCCGAGGCGCGAAUAAGCAGUCCCUCCAUGAGCGAUAGAUGUCACUCGAUCGGUACUUACUUUCGGGGAUACACAAUGGCGCUACUCAGGCACACACGUGUACACACACACAGUUUUGUCGGGAUACCAUUUAACUUAAUGUCAAGGUGAAAGAAAGAUCUUGACUGUAAUCGAAGGACAGUGUUAUGAAACAACUUCCGCUUCGAGGUGAGGGAGAGAUAUAUGGGAAGAGUAUAUCCGAAAGUUUUGGGUCUGGAAUUUUUGGCGAGGUUAUGUUAGGACCUCGAAACUUGGUCACACGAUCGCAUACACACAAGUGUCCGCAUGAUAUGUUACGCAUUAAUUUGCGAUGAAAGAUUGUAUGAGAAAAGUACAUAGUGGACAGAUAGAAGACCUGGAACCAUAUAGAACUGUUAGUGUAGACAGACAGGAGUUUAUAAGA